GCCUUCUACGCAUUACGCAAUAAAAAGAAAACGAAAGUGAAUGCGCGGUAGAAAACAUUGCCUUGAAAACGUAAAUCGCCUUAGCUUGAGUGUCAUCAAGCAGAGUUCCUCAUGGGUGCGGAACUAUAUCAAUCUCAGAAUAAAAUCAUUUGUGUGCUUUGCGAGAAAUCAGACGAAGAUGAAAUCACCGGGCCUCUUUCAUCCAAAGAGAACACGUCCGCACAUGAGAACUGUUUGUUGUUUGCAUCAGGGAUCAUCUGCAAGACUUCACCCACCUAUGACGACCUGUUUGGAUUUGCUGUGGAAGAUGUAAAAGAAGAGCAGCGGAGAGGAAAAAGACUAAUUUGCUACCACUGUAAAAAAAACGGUGCUACAGCGGGAUGUGAUUUAAAGCGUUGUAAGCGCUCGUACCAUUAUCCCUGUGCCAUAGAGGCCCGUGCCACGACCGAUGAAGACCUUAAAAAAGGCAGUUUUAAGCUGUUCUGUGAAUUGCAUGAUCCAAAAUCCAAAAAAACAAGAUCACCAGACGGUCGAAGGCCUGACAUGAAAAAGCCUGACAGGAGAGAUUCUAAUUCAUCUACAGGGUCAUCAGAAAAAAGUGUGUCCAAAAAGAUGAAGAGGAAUUCACCUAUUCUCAUAGAUUCUGAUGAUGACAUUGGAGACACUGUGGUCCCCAUGUUUGCUCCAGAAGAGUUAUAUAUAGAGGACAGUAAAUCUCCAAAUCUGUACAAUCAGUUCAAACCUGAUCCUGAAAUUAAAAGGCCCUAUGCAAGGCCCAGUCCAUCAACCUCAGGUUCAUCAAAAGGGGGCUUAACGUCUGAUCAGAAGGCUUGUGGACCACCAGACAGUUCAAGGGAAUUUCAGAGUGCAUAUGAUUCACUGGUACGAUCGGCAGAAGUGGAAACACCCAGAAGGAAAAAAAAUAAACGCAUUAUAGACUCAGAUGAUGAAAGUCCCAGCAGCACUGAGCGUGUAGUGGCUCCAGCAGUGGCAGCUACAGAGGAGCCUGUGCUUCCAAAACAGCCCCGUCACUCCACUCCUGUGCCUGAAAAAACAAGGCCAUGUGUAAAACAAAAUCCAUCAACCACAGAAGCUGAUGAUGACACAGACAUUGAAACAGAAGAUUCUCAGAGUUUGUUACAAUCAGAAAUGUACCACAUCACCGUUCCAUGUAGGGUUAUUAUGGACCCUGGAACCUCAGCAGAAUCAGAGUACAGUCUAGAACCUUCUUCACCUGCUGGUGCAGCCCCGGCAGCUGUGUGCACCUCACCGGAGUCUGUCGCUGCCCCUGAACUAGAGGAAACACCAUCCACAAGCAGAACUUCUCCACCGACCAGAGCUCAAACCACUGACCCAGUCUCACCAGGUCGUCCCGCUGCAGCAGAUGCUUCUGAUGUGGGUACAACAGUGAAAUCCAAGUCCAGUGCUGCCAUAUUCUGGACCAGAUGUAAUGAGGCUGGGUGGACUAAAGAAGUCUUCUCAGAGCUUGUGUCUCAGCUGAGCAGUCUGGGAGAAAGAGUGCAGUCACAGGAAGCUAGCCACCAAGACUAUGAUGCUGCUCUCAAAGUAUUGAUGGCGUCUGGACAGCUGCCUUGCCUUUUUACUCGGCUGGAACAAGACCUGGAGAAACAGGAAAGGGAUCUGCAGAGGAAAAAAGCAGCACUGAGGGAUGCCAAAGCUGUACUCGAUGUUUAAUAGAACAAUCUAAUAGAGUUUAGAUGUUUUAUAAUUUUUUUAUGUUUUCUUUUUUUAAGUUGAGAACAUUUCUGCAGUUUGCAAACACGUAAGAUUUUACAUCAGUGACCAAAAUCUCAUGAAAUAUAUCUACACGUCAUUUUUAUAUGAUUAUUCUUUUUCAUUAUGUAAAAAACAAGUUAAGAAACAUUCUUUACAGAAUGUCGUUCUUUAUAUCUUGCAUUGUAUUUUAAAACAUAUCUUUUAACUACUUUUGAAGAGGAGCUGAGAGUGUGCAAUAUGUGCCUGUUGUACACAGAAAUGCUGUGUUUAUUUUGUCUGUUGACUGGGGAAGAGAGACUCAUAUGUCAUCUGCAAACAGUUCAGAGCAGGAAACUGGACAGCCAAUCAGCACACAGCAACAGAUUGACAAAGGUCAGGUUAACCACAAAGUGCCUGAAGGGCCAGUCAAACAUUUUAUUUGUGUGCCUUCAUAAUAGAAAAAACACUCCGUUCCCGAUGUGGACACUAGGUGGCAGCAGGCACAUAUUAACAGCUUCAAGAGGGUCACCAACCAAAACAUUUCCGUCAUUUUUCAAUAUAUAUAUAUAUAUCACAGCUGUUUCUUUCAGAACCAGAAGUUUUCAUUGUCCUUUCAACUGUACUUUUCGCAGUGUAGUCCAAACCCUGUCUAAACAGUUUUCAGUCAAUUAUUUUUGAUAAAUAUUUUAAGCCAAAAAACAUUCCAAUGCUUUAAUAAAACCCACACAAGUAGAUCAGGUAAUAUAAACAUGAAAAUAUAUUAGUUUUAUGACUUUUUAAAAGGAUUUUAACUAUUAUUUCUAAUAUAUAAUAAAUAUAAUGUUACUUAUUCAUUCAAAAUUACUAUAAAAGAGUCCCUUUACCUUUUAUUCAUUUUAUUUACAUUUUUGGAACCACUAAAGCAGACAAUAGUAGGAUGUAAGAUCUUAGAAGGAGCCUUUUUCAAAAUGUGCGCUGAACCCCUUCCUGUCUGUCAUUACUAAUGUCUAGACCUGCUGAGAAAUCAAGACAAUAGGAACAAUAAGAGUCUGCAUUGGGGGGUUUACACAGAGUUACUCACCCAUCCCUGUUAGUUAGGCUUUAUAUUACUGACUGAUGCCGAAUGGUUCUGUGGCAUAUGACUGGAACAUUUACAGAUUUAUUAUUUACUAAAUCGAAUUAAGAUGAAUCCGUCUAUCCUUAGAAUUUUAACUGAUUCUUACACUUUAUUUUUGUACGUUGUCAAUAUUUAUUCGGCCAUAAGUCAUCAUUGCACUUGAACACAUAGAAUACUUGUGUUUAUUAAAUACAGCACUUGUGGAAUGUACCAUAAGACAGUGUACAAUGAAAAUUCAAGCUUUUGGGGUGGAGAGGGAUAAAAAACAGAUUUGAGAAGUCUUACAGGACAACUUUUUCAGAGCACCUUUCCUGAAAAGCACAUUGUCUUUAAGUAGCUGCAUGGCCAUGCUGUUAAAAAUGAGUCUUAAGAAUUGGUGGUAAAUUUUGUUGUGGGAAUAAAAUGUAUGUACUGUGGGUACAGAAAAUAA